UCGUUACACUCUCGAUAUAGAGAGCUCCGCGAACGGGAUAUCGCUGUGAUGAGCUUGUCCAACAACAAUGGUGGCCUUCGCGAUGUAAAUGAUGGAUACUUUCUCAUCUGUUAUUAUCUUUUACUGUAGAGAGACGCUAGAACGAAUGUGAACACCAUAACAUCCACAAGUUAAUAAUGGAAGUACAAAGCCAACCACAGAAUCCUGGCUCUGUUACUGAAACAUGUAAUGCUGGAAAUCGAUACCCUUAAGAAAUAUCCUGUCACUGAGACGUGUAAACACUGACUGUGAGAGAAAAUAUUUGGAUACAGGUGAUCUCAAGAAAGAACCUGUUACAGAAACAUAUCUAAUCAUGGACUGUGAGAGAGAAUUGGUGGAAACAGGUGAUCUCAAGAAAGAACCUGUCACUGACACAUAUCUAAUCAUGGGCUGCGAGCGAGAAUUGGUGGAAACAGCUGAUCUCAAGAAGCACUCUGUCACUGACACAGGGGAUCUCAAGAAAGAACCUGUCACUGACACAAGUGUAUUCACUGACUGUGAGAGAGAAUUGGUGGAAACAGGUGAUAUCAAGAAAGAACCUGUUACUGACACAAGUGUAUUCACUGACUGUGAGAGAGAAUUGGUGGAAACAGGUGAUAUCAAGAAAGAACCUGUCACUGACACAAGUUUAUUCACUGACUGUGAGAGAGAAUUGGUGGAAACAGGUGAUAUCAAGAAAGAACCUGUCACUGACACAAGUUUAUUCACUGACUGUGAGAGAGAAUUGGUGGAAACAGGUGAUCUCAAGAAAGAACCUGUUACUGACACAAGUUUAUUCACUGACUGUGAGAGAGAAUUGGUGGAAACAGGUGAUAUCAAGAAAGAACCUGUCACUGACACAAGUUUAUUCACUGACUGUGAGAGAGAAUUGGUGGAAACAGGUGAUAUCAAGAAAGAACCUGUCACUGACACAAGUUUAUUCACUGACUGUGAGAGAGAAUUGGUGGAAACAGGUGAUAUCAAGAGAGAACCUGUUACUAAUACAGGUGUAUUCACCGACUGUGAGAGAGAAUUGGUGGAAACAGGUGAUAUCAAGAAAGAACCUGUUACUGACACAAGUUUAUUCACUGACUGUGAGAGAGAAUUGGUGGAAACAGGUGAUAUCAAGAAAGAACCUGUCACUGACACAAGUUUAUUCACUGACUGUGAGAGAGAAUUGGUGGAAACAGGUGAUAUCAAGAAAGAACCUGUCACUGACACAAGUUUAUUCACUGACUGUGAGAGAGAAUUGGUGGAAACAGGUGAUAUCAAGAAAGAACCUGUCACUGACACAAGUUUAUUCACUGACUGUGAGAGAGAAUUGGUGGAAACAGGUGAUCUCAAGAAAGAACCUGUUACUGACACAGGUGAAACCACCGACUGUGAGAGAGAAUUGGUGGAAACAGGUGAUAUCAAGAGAGAACCUGUCAUUGACACAAGUUUAUUCACUGACUGUGAGAGAGAAUUGGUGGAAACAGGUGAUCUCAAGAAAGAACCUGUCACUGACACAAGUUUAUUCACUGACUGUGAGAGAGAAUUGGUGGAAACAGGUGAUAUCAAGAAAGAACCUGUCACUGACACAGGUGAAACCACCGGCUGUGAGAGAGAAUUGGUGGAAACAGGUGAUCUCAAGGCAAAGCUAAUUAUAAUAGAAAGAAUCAUGGCUUUGAAUCCACGAUCAGCAGGUCCUCUACCUGCUAAGACAUACAACUCUUGUGGUAGUUCAGUAAAGGAGUCGCAUAAGUGUCGUUUCUGUGAGAAAACAUUUUCACAACAUGGUCACAUGGAGUCACACAUGAGUAUUCACACUGGAAUGAAACCAUAUCAGUGUGUUGAAUGUGGGAAAAGAUUUGCAAGAUCAGGUACUGUCAAGGCACACAUGAGGAUUCACAGUGGAAUCAAGCCUUAUCAGUGUGUUCAAUGUGGGAAUCGAUUUAGAAAAUCAUGUACCCUAAAGACACACAUGAAGAUUCACAUUGUUGUCAAGCCUUAUCAGUGUGUUGAAUGUGGGAAAAGUUUUGCACUAUCGGGUGAUCUGCAGAAACACAUGAGGAUUCACAGUGGAGUCAAGCCGUAUCAGUGUGAUGCAUGUGGGAAAACGUUUACUUAUUCACAUAACCUGCGGAAACACAUGAAGAUUCACACUGGAGUCAAGCCUUAUAAGUGUAUGGAAUGUGGGAAAGCAUUUUCACACUCAGGUGAUCUGAAGACACACAUGAGGAUUCACACUGGAGUCAAGCCUUAUAAGUGUAUUGAAUGUGGGAAAGAAUUUGGACAGUCAGGUAACCUGCAGGCACACAUGAGGUUUCACAGUGGAGAGAAGCCUUAUAAGUGUGUUGAAUGUGGGAAAGCAUUUGGACGAUCAGGUGUUCUGCAGAAUCACAUGAAGAUUCACACUGGAGUGAAGCCUUAUCAGUGUGUUGAAUGUGGGAAAAGAUGUUCACUGUCAAGUAAUCUGAAGAAACAUAUGAGGAUUCACAGUGGAGUGAAGCCUCAUAAGUGUGUUGAAUGUGGGAAAAAAUUUACACGGUCGGCUGAUCUGAAGACACACAUGACGAUUCACAGUAGAGUGAAGCCUCAUAAGUGUGUUGAAUGUGGGAAAGAAUUUACACGGUCGGGUGAUCUGCAUACCCACAUGAGGAUUCACAGUGGAGUGAAGCCCCAUAAGUGUGUUAAAUGUGGGAAAACAUUUACACAAAAAAGUAACCUGCAGACACACAUGAGAAUUCACAAUGGAGUGAAGCCUCAUAAGUGUGUUGAAUGUGGGAAAGAAUUUUCACUGUCAAGUAAUCUGAAGACACACAUGAGGAUUCAUAGUGGAGUGAAGCCCCAUAAGUGUGUUAAAUGUGGAAAAGCAUUUACACAAUCAAAUAAUCUGACGGCACACAUGAGGACUCACAGUAGAGUGAAGCCUCAUAAGUGUGUUGAAUGUGGGAAGACAUUUACACAAUCACGUACCCUUCAGACACACAAGAGGGUUCACUGUGGAAAACAUUAAACUUAUAAAUGAUAGGUCAAUCAGUUAUUCCUUUAAUCCAUGCAUUAUGCAUGGAGUUUUGACUCCGAGAGAUGGGUACAUUGAGUGGGUGUUUGUGAGUAUGCAUAUGGAUGGGGAUGGUGUGUUUACAUGCAUGACUGGAUUGUGGUGUACGUAAGUAUGGGUGAAUUGAAUGUGUGUGUGAGAAUGUGCAUGUAUGGGCAUUGUGUGUAUGUGUGGAUGGUGGUGUAUGUAGGUAUGGGUGCAUUGUAUGUGUGUGUGUGAGUAUGCGUUUGUAUGGGAUUGUUGUGUUUGUGAGUAUAAGAUGAAGGUGAGAAAGAAUAUAGUACCGCUCACCUAUGUCUAUUAUAUUGUAUUGUAUCGCUUUCCACUUUCAUAAAUAUACUGAGCAACAAAAGUCCCUGUGACAUUGAAUAAGAUUUAAUGCAAAGUUAUGUUUUUUACCAAAUCUGAAACAAUUUUGGUUUGAAAAAGAUCCUGAAAAAGAUCCUUACUCCUGAACAUGCCAAAAUGUCAAUUUACAAAUCAAUAGCGUGUGGGUCCACCUCUGGUUGCGAUGCAAGCAACACAUCUUCAUCUCAUUGAAUGGACCAGGCCUCGCACAAAGUCCUGUGGGAUAUCUUUCCAUAUCUGCUGGAGUAUGUUUUGAAGUUCCUGGAGUGUCUGUGGAAAAUGUGGUUGACUUCUCAUCCCCAAAUGUGCUCGAUUGGUGAGAGAUCAGGGCCGGCCAGGGGAUGACAUUCACGUUGUUUUGUUGAAGAGAAUCCUGAACAAGUCGAGCAAUAUGAGGCCGGGCGUUGUCAUGUUGAAAGGUAAUGCCU